AUGAACUUUUUCCCCAAAUACUUGGGCCCAGGAGACGCGUGGUCAGUUCCGGUUGCCGCUGCAGUGAUCUUUCCCCUGAUUUGCUUUGUGUUGCCACUCAAGUCUGAGAAGCCCCUUCUGAACUUGAAGAAGGUGGCCCUUGUGGCGGCCAGUGGCCCAGACGUGGAGGCUACUCCAGCUGACAUGACCCAGGGCGCUUCAGCAAUAUCGGGCUCGUCGAGCUCUUUUGAGAUGGUGGACAUGGGCAUGGCAUCUUUGGAGUUGUGCUUCAAAGCGACAGAGGAGUUGCUGCGCAGCCACUGUGGCAACAUGGUUGAGGUAGGCAGUGUAGCCAUUUCCGCAGAGUGGCAGGGCGGAGUUGUGUUGCACGCAAGUUGCUCUGCCGACCUCCUCGCAAGGCUGGUUGAGCUAGAGUGGGCGGCUGCCCUUGACUUGAAGCCAUCAAUCAAUGAGAUCGUCGAAGAGUUGUGGGCUUUGCAAGAAGCCGCUCCGAGUGAGCCCGACUCAGAAGUGCUGACCCCUGACGUGGUUGCCGUUGCUCGCUUGUGUGAUGUCCCUGCUCAGAAGGAGCAGCUUGACCUGGCCAAGCUGGGCUUGGACACGUCCACUAUUGACUGGUCUACGGCAUUAGAUGCUCCAGAGGGACACGUCCUUCUAGUUCAGCCUGCAAAGGAUGAUGCUUCCAACAUCUGCUUGAAGUGUUUCUACGUCAAAAGAGGCUCCUUCAACAAACUCAAGAUCAUGGAUUUGUUAGCAGUGUUGUUCCUGGUUCCAACGCUGCAGGACAAGUUCGCCAAUCUUCGUCGCAAUCAUGUGCGGGUUAUUUGCGCCAAUCCGAAGGCCAGACCGCGCCAUGAAUCUAUCGACGUCAAGAUGUACACAGAGAAGAAAACGUCCAAGUAUGUGGACUUCCAGCAGGAGGGCGAUUGGCUGAGCGUUGACGAAUAUUUUUUCCAGAAAGCGCCAGCAGACGCGAAGAAGAAGUACAAGACAUCUGCUGCCAAGAAGAAUUGGAAGAAGGUUCUUGUCGGCACUCGAAUGAGUGUUGACAAGUUGAAGCGGGACGAACACGAGUCAGGCCAGCAAAUGGAAGCUGCCUUCCAGCGCGAUGGCCUCAAGAUUGAGAUGGACACGAACACGAAG